CGUACAGUUGUUCAGUUUCAGUUCAGUUUUGGCGUACUGAAAUAUCGUUGAUCGUGCUGCUCAUUAUCCGACGAAAAGAAGACAUAAUCGAUCGGUGCGGAUCAUUGCGAGAUCUUGCGUAAUCGACCGGCUGGCGCGGCAAAAGUUGCGGUCGUCGAGGAGUCGUAACAAUACGGAAGAACUUGGGGAAACGUGCGGGACACUGAUAGUACACGCGACAGUGACAUUCGCCAUUAAACGAUAUCGGUCGAUGGUACCGCGCGCGAUCAGGGACGGCGCUAUCUUCGCGCGGUUAGCGAACGAUCUUCCUUUUUUCCGGGAGGAAACGCGCCUUCUUCAAGGAGCCGUGCAUUGCAUCGCCGUUCUCAGCCGGUUUCACGAACGGCAAGCAAGUCAAAAUUGCCAGUGACCACGUACGCCAAGUUCAAAAUCCGCUGCGAGGGCUUCCCGUUGGAAAAUAAAAACUUUCGUGCCAUUCGCGACUUGACCUGACCUUCGGCCGAUCGUGCGAUACGUGAUAAACAGUGUGACCGAGCCCGAAAGUGACAAUUUCGUGAGAAUUCCGUGAAGAAGGACAGACCAGGAAUUCGCCCUAAUUAUAUCAUGGAUUAUGUAUGGAGCAUUUUUGGUUUAUCCUCUAGUGACAUGAUGAGUCGCGAUGAGAUGCGGGAGCGUUUGCAGAUGCCUUAUCUAAAGGCGCUUCAAGCCUUGCCGGGUAAUACCCGCAGCGAGAAGCAGAAGUGGUUGAUGAAGCUGGCGAACCGACAACAGGAUAGCGGCGAUGUCGAACAGCUUCCGGCGGAGCUGCAGCCUUUAUUGCAAUUGGAGAUUGCCAUAAAACAGAAGAGGCACGAGGAUAUUGCGUCGGCUCUAAAGGCGGAAGACAUGGUAUUAAUAAGCAAAGCUUUCAAAGCCACCUGGUUUUUCGACGGCAGUCACAAAGACAUCAUCAACGUCGCCUACUUCAGCGAGCUCUUCCGGUACGUCUCCAUGAACACGAGGGUGAAGAUCGUGAAGACGCUGUCUUAUCGACUAACUGACAACGACGAGACAAAAUUCGCGGUGGAAUUGUUCGAGAUGAUCGAGUCGACUUUCGGCGUUCAACAGGCUUCUCCACUGAUCGUAGCUUGCGACAAGGAAUUUAUAUUCUCCACGCUCACGCUCGGUAAGUUCGUGCCGUCCUGUCGGAUCAUCAUGAAGAUCUUCAACAAGCAUCCGGAUGUUAUAAUACGCCUCCUUAGUAAUCAACAUUUCAAAACAGACGAAUACACAAAUAGAUGUCGCAACAUAAUUAACAUCAACACGUACAAGCUUUUGCUGCCCAGAAUACUGAAACAGCAACCGGCAGUUUUCGCAGAGCUGUAUGAGACUCACGAUGAGAUUAGUCUGAGUUACUUCAGCAAUACUUGUAUCGAUGUUCUUCUGAAGAAAUGCAAACAGCAAGUGAUAAGAAAUCCACUUCGCUAUGUGGAUCUUAUACCUCCCGCGAAGAUCAGUAGCGAGUUGAUGGAGCGGAUAAUCCUCGAUCUGUUGCCCUCUGACAUUGUGAUAUAUAAUACACAGAGAAUGUUGCAUUACAUGUCGCAUUAUCCACAGGAGAAAAAAUACGAAUUGCUUUCUAAAUCGUACAGAAAUAAAUACGGUAUUGAUCUUCUUUGUAAUAACGCCAACAUAACGCCCGACUUAAUGACGUUAUUACCUGACGUAGAACGGAUCAAACAAGCGAGGAUACUACUAAGGAUAUGGCCAGAUCAUCACUACAAAAAUAUAUACGAUUGUGAAUAUAAAUGGUUUUGUUAUCUACCUACCGAAGAAACGAUACCGAGUCUGAAGAAGAAAAUAAGUAUGGCUACACAGCAGACAGAUCGAAUCUGCUACAUUCGACAGAUGAUCUUCAGCUGUAAAGUCAACAAGGAUAGCAACGCGUUACUGUCCACUUUAAAGUAUUUUUUACAGCGACAUAAGAACGAACAGGUGCAUGUAUUCCAAGCAAUAAUGAAUCUCAUUUGUAGUACUUACAAAAUAGUGGAGUUAAACGCUGAACAUGCGUCGGUUCUGUACGAUAUUCUUAAUACAGUUUACGUGAGACAUGGAUUCACAUCGGAAGCCACGGUCGAAAUCUUAUUGCACUUCUACCUUGUCCACGAUAUGAUGGACAAAGUCACGAGGCUCAUCGAUAUGCUAUUGGACAUUAAUAAUGGAGGAUAUUCUGCAAAGUUCGAUUUACUCAACGAACAUCCCCAAUACGAGCGAAUGUGCCUUGAAGUUUACGUGAAGCAGAUGCAAGAGCGGUAUCCACCCAGUAGUUGGCAACGGGACGAGGAAGAGGAACCAAGAAUGGAAGAGAAAGAGGAUGCAAAGAGGAAGGAACAAGUGAGAAUGACGCUUUGCCGAUUCGUCUUGGCGAUGCACGACUCCAAUGAUCGAUGCAAACAAUUGAUUUUGGAGAAGAAACUGAAGCCCAUGAUGCUUGACGAUUACUCUUGGUUGAAGGAUGCUAUUUCCACCAUACUACGCUACAAAGAUGACUUUGGUUAUAUAACGAGAAACUUGUACGAGAAAGAAAAAGAACUGUACGACUCGAUAUUCCCGAGAACGAGUAAUAAGGCGAAUGUAAAAACAAACGCCGUGCUCUCUCUUUUGAAGCGAAAUCCGCAAAGUAUACUGGAUGAAUGGGAAUACUAUUUGACAGAAUGUAAGAAUAAUUGUGAGGACGCGAAUGUACAUCGCUUCAUAAAAAAUAUACGCUGGUACAAGGAUAUUCCUAUUAAAUUCACCGAAUCCUGCGUAGAUGAUCUGCAGAGAAAAAACAAGGAUGUAAAGCCUCUCUUAGUUAUCCUGGCGUUCCUGUUACACGGCGAUCCUCUGAUAAAAGUGAUAGAUCCUUUUGUGCCGACGACAACAACGGUAGAUAUCAAAUACUUGGAUGCCAAAGACAAUUACAAAGUUGUGAAGAAUCUACUCUGGAGCGUGAAAUUUUCCAAUCCACCGAUACCUCUCGACUUCUUAUUCAAAUUAUGCGAAGGAGAUUAUCUGCAGCUAGCGCUAAUGCCGAUGAUAAACUUAAGCAGACGAUCUUCUUUGCCGAAGGUGAUGGCUUUCGCGCAGAAGAUGGCGGAAAUGCGUGUCAGCGUGCGAAAACACGGGAUCAGACUGGUGAAUAUAAUAGCUUCCAAGCAGGAACUCAACGAGUUCGUUAAGCGCAUGUGGUCGAGCGAGACAAAUUGUUCCAUACGAGAAGUUUUAUUCGACACAAUCCGAGAUUUCUUCCUCAAGGAACCAAGUGAGACGACCUGGUCUAUGUUGUCGACAACCAUGUUGACGUUACUUCCCAGCGAUGAAGGUAUAGUCACGCAAGUAAAACUGUAUCCUGAUAUUCCGGAAAGCUACAUGAUCAGAUAUCUUGAAGUAUGGUUGAGCAUGAUUACAACUCUUGAGGAAAAGGAACUGGAGGAACGCACAGUAAUCAUCACCUGCAUGAACAGAUAUUUGGAAUCGCUCAAAUUGAUACACGACAUCGUGCCAGAAAAAUUGGCCACGAGAAUACUUCAGGAAUUUUUAUUUAAUGAGUAUCGCAUGAGUAUAGGUAUCGCAAAUGCAGUGAGUGAUUUCACGAUACAAUACCUAUUGACCAAUGACGUGAACAAGAUUGCAAAGUGCAUCAAAGUGCUCGGCGAUGUUUUCACUGACAGAGUGGCGACAAACUGGAAAGAAACAUGGUCUGAAAGACUGUAUUUUUAUCCGACCGGCAAGAUGAUGUAUUAUUUCUUGAAAAACUUUGCUAUUGAAUAUGGCAAGAAGACUUACAGUACUUCGUACAGUUCGCCCAUCAUUGAUCACGUACUGGCAAUAUACACGUCGACUUUGUCACCUACAACGAACGCAAACGCCUAUUUGUUGUUAUACUACGCGAAGAUGCUGGAGAAGGAUCCAAGAAACUUCGGUUUGAAACUCGGUCAGCAUGUGCCUGAAUUAAUUGCCAUAUUCUCGCCGCAAUUUCUUCCUUUCAUGGGCACAGUUCUGGUCUUCUUUGUUCGGGAGAUAUUUUCCGCAAAAAGUAAGAAAAAUGAUUACGGAAAGAGUUUUUCGAAUGAAGAUUCAUCCGAAGAUAAAAAAGUUAAUGUUGCGAUGGGUCUAAUCGAAGCUGAUAAUAUGGAUUGCUGGUUCAUGGCUGCAAUACUGACAUCAAGCAUUCGUCAAGAUUCAUGUAAAAAUGUAUCACAAUACUUUACACUCACUGAUAAGUUACAACAAGCAGAUAAUCCUGCUAUUACAAGCAUUUUGAACGCUCUUCGAUGUCAAUCAAUUCUUUCAUCUAAUAUCUUUUUUUAAUAAAUAAUUGUCUGAUUGUGUGAGAUUUAUAUAAACGGAUUGCGUCAAGGCAGGUUUAAUCGGAUUUUUCAAUCAUAUGCGCGUGUUUUGCAAUAAUAAGUAAAUUUUCUUUUUAAGUUAAUGAUUCAGUCACAAAUCCGAAUGCGCUUUAGUUAUAUAACAUUGGAUUAAUUUUCAAGUUUCUUUUCUGAACAAAAUAAUUAUUCAUUUCUUUAUAUGUGUUACUAAACAUUAGAAAUAUUUUCGCGUUAAAUUUUUUAUGAUUUUACAUUUAAAGAUGUCAACGCAACAUACAAGUGAUGAAAUAAAGAUUAUUUGAGUAAUUUCAAUAUA